AUGGAGGAUCCCUUACCUCGCCAUUACACCCCAUUAGAGAUCGGGGAGUACAAUGGGAGUGUUGACCUGGACGAUCACUUGGCCAAGUUCGACAACGCAGCCACACUGCACCAAUACACCGAUGGGGUGAAGUGCAGGGUCUUCUUGACAACCUUAUCGGGGCCUGCUCAGCGAUGGUUCACCAGGCUACCGAUCGGGUCCAUCCGUAGCUUCAAGGAUUUCCGGGCUGCCUUCCUGCACCAUUUUGCGAGCAGCUGCCGACAUCAAAAGACAAGCGUCAACUUGUUCUCGCUGAAGCAAGGUCCUCAAGAAACGCUCAGGACCUAUAUCCAGCGCUUUAACCAGGUGGCGAUGGAUAUACCGGCAGUCUCCCUGGAGGUAUUAGUGAACGCUUUCACCCAGGGACUCGUAGAAGGCGAAUUCUUUCGGUCACUCAUCCGCAGGCCACCAUGA